AUGCCAUUCAAGCAGCAUAAUGGGAGGAUCUACCGCAUCACAAGACUCCUUGUUUUUCACCUUGUUUUCAUAAUAACUGCGUGCCCACGGCAAAGUUCUGCCGCUGCGGAUGCAUUCAUCUUUCCCCCACAGAAUGGUUACACCGGCGAAUACAUAUCGAAUCUGGCUUUCACGGUCGGGCAGUCGAUCGACAUCAAGUGGAAAAGCGGUUGCGACGAGUCCAUUCAGUUCUGGUUGAUGAAGGAUUCCAAUGGUGGCGACUGUCAGUUUCAGCGUGAUGCGCUGUGUAGUCAAAUCGCAGAUACUCCCAACAAUGGCUCCAUAGCAUGGAAUGUCAGUUUCAUGGGGCUUGCAGGCCCCGGCGUCUACUACAUAUAUGGGUUAUGCAGCGACCCGGGCUCGACCCGUUUCAGCUGUCACUAUUUCAAUAUUACGUCGAAGCAAGUUUCAAGCUCGACGACGGCCCCCAAAACCACGACCUCUAUCCCGGCGUCAACGAAGCAGAGCAGUCUUCAAGACCCUACAACGUCGUUACCGACAUCAGCUGCACUCGGGGUAGGGACGGCAAAGUCAACGACCCCAGUAGGUGCUAUCGUCGGAGGGGUGAUUGGGGGUCUUGCAAUUAUAGGAUUGACGCUUAUUGCUGGAACUGUACUACUGAGGAAAAGAGCAUCAUCUGAUCCAGGUGGAUCUAUGCCCCAGACAUGGAGGGGGAAGGCUGAGUUUCCAGAAGCAACACAUUAUGAGGGUCAUGAGCUACCUUGUCCCGAGACAAUUCCAGAAGCAACGAAUCACGAGGACCAUGAACAACAAAGCUCAGGAAGUCAGCGGCGUGCUCCGAUUGAGUUACCGUCUUGA